AGUACGUGCAGGUGGAUUUGCCCUGGUCUUUUGUCAUAGUCCGUGAUUGCUCAUUGAAGCUAUUCUUAGACGAAAUCCGUGUCCUACCUCCCGAUCAAUCGCUAUCCUCUUUGUUGGAGCAGUUUUGCGACAAUGUUGUGCGCAAUCUCGGGAGAGGCGCCGCAGGUCCCAGUGGCCUCACGCAAGAGUGGGAAUGUCUACGAAAAGCGCCUCAUCGAAGCAUAUAUCAGCGAGAACGGCACCGAACCCACGACGGGAGAGAGCCUGUCCGUCGAAGACCUGAUCGACCUUAAGAGCCCCAACGUCGUCUAUCCACGACCUCCACAGAUGACCUCGAUACCUGCGAUGCUCUCUUUCUUCCAAAACGAAUGGGAUGCUUUGGCGCUUCAGACGUACACUUUGCAACAGAAUCUUCACCAGGCUCGACAAGAGCUCAGCACGGCCCUGUACGAAAAUGAUGCGGCGGUACGGGUCAUUGCACAGCUCACAAAAGAGAGAGACGAGGCACGAGCGACGCUGGCACAGAUAAAUAUCAGCAGAGGAGCUCCUGCCAACACAAACGGCGAUGCCAUGCAAGUCGACAGUGCCCCAUUACCACAAUCCGUCGUCGAGAAGAUUGAAAACUCCCAACAAAGUUUGUCGAAAACCCGGCGGAAACGACCGGUGCCAGAAGAAUGGGCCUCCUCGGACGCCAUAUCAGCGUACACGUCAAGAUCAGCCUCGAAACCAUUGUUUCCUGGUGGCCGUGUGCUUGCCGUGCACGAGGCAGGAGAUCUGAUCCUAGUCGCAGGCACCCAAGGGGGCGUCUACUCACUGUCGGAGAACACGUUAUCAUAUGCGCUCGACUUCGGUGAAGGAGACGCCACCAGCGGUCUCUGGGCUCAUGACAGGGCGGUUGUUGCAACGUCAGCAGGCGCAGUCAAGGUAUUUGAGAAGGAUCAGGAAGUCUCGUCUUUCGCAGUCCACGCCGGACAGGCGAAUGGGGUGGCUCUACACCCCAGCGGCAGCAUUCUCGCCUCUGUUGGAGAAGACAAGACAUAUAUUCUCUAUGACCUCGAAUCCAGCCGAGUUCUUACUCAGGUUUCGAGUAACUCCAGUCUUCGUUGUACUCAAUUCCACCCUGACGGUCACCUAUUGGCGGCGGGCGGUGUCGAUGGCCAAAUCAAGAUAUUCGAUGUCAAAUCCGGCGCGGAAGCCGCGACGUUCGACCUUGGUGGCCCUGUGCGAUGUAUCUUUUUCUCCGAAAACGGCAUAUGGUUGGCGGGGGUAACGGAGAAGUCGUCGACCAUCUCGAUCUGGGACUUGAGGAAAGCAACCGAAAUCACAACCAUUGAGACGGGCAGCCAGAUCGAAUCCAUCAGCUGGGACUACACUGGACAAUUCCUGGGGGUUGCAGGACAAGAUGGAGUUACGGUCGAACAUUAUUCCAAGGCGUCCAAAGAAUGGUCGGAGAUCCUCAAACGAGGGACGCCGGCGACACAAAUUGCAUGGGGCCAACAUGCUCAGAGUCUAAUCGCUCUGAAUGAGGACGGGGUGAUUACGACCCUGGGCGCGGCAACGGAAGGAUAGGGGGAGGUGAUUCCCUGUUACUUGUAUACAGACAGGACGGAAGGCAAGGUAGCAUUGAUACCCAUAAUUGAUGUGAGAUCCAGAGGGCGGGGUUUUCCUGGGAUGCGGCGGUGAUAGCUGAAAAAAAUCAAGGGAAAAGAAAGCCAGGGCAACGCGAAAAGGAAUUGGAAGUUGCGUCGACAGAUGGUCUCUUUGUCCGCCUGCGAUGGCAUGUACAAACAAUCAAAAAUGAACCAGCUUCCAUGGUGGUGUUCUGUUCUGGUUGCUGCCUUUAUAUGGACACGGCUCAGG